UUCCUGGUCCGUAGCAAAGUUUCCACAAACUUUGAAAUAUGGAAAUCCUCGCCGUCUUAUAAACUGUGACAGUCUGACAUUGCUUGCUCACCACUCGCAAUCACCGCAAACAUGGCCCGUGAAGAUCGGAACCGAGACGUCGAAAAACAGGACGAUGGAGGUUUGAAUAACGCACUCCAUGACAGCAUCUGCUCAUCCAACAACACCUCCCAUGAUGCAGAUGUCAAUACCAUCGAGCAAGCGCCCCUGGAGCAGGCGCCAACCCAGCGCUCUCGCAAAUCCUCCACCCGCGAACGCCGGCCCUCAGCCCCCGGCCUCUCAGAAUACUUGAGUCGAAGCGCCAGCAACGUCCUCGCCCAAGUAGCCUCCCGCUUCACCACGCGGUCCUGGGCACAACCGCCUCCCCCGCCCGACGGCGGCCUCGCCGCCUGGACCCAAGUCGCCAUGGGCUGGCUGGUCAUCUUCACGACGUGGGGCUAUGUCAACUCGUUCGGCGCAUUUCAGACGUACUACACGCAGACCAUGCCGCAGCCUCCCUCGACCAUCUCGUGGAUUGGGUCCGUGCAAACCUGGCUCACCCUGAUCAUCGGUGCUUUUUCCGGGCGUUUGCUGGACGCGGGCUUGUUCGUGCCGACCUUUUUUGUGGGUGCCGUGAUUCAGGUGGUGGGUAUGGUGUGUAUGUCUUUCAGUCGCCAAUAUUGGGCGUUGAUGCUUACGCAGGGUGUGCUGACGGGGAUUGGGGGUGGGAUUUUUUUCACGCCUUCGUUGGCGCUCGUUACGACGUAUUUCAGUAAGAGGAGGGGGCUGGCGGUGGGAUUGGUCACGACGGGGAAUUCGGCCGGGGGAAUGAUAUACCCCGUUGUGGUGAGGCAACUGAUCCCUCAGUUGGGAUUUGCGUGGACGGCGAGGGUUCUGGCUUUUAUCAACCUUGGCUGUCUCGCGGUGGUGCUCGCGUUUAUGCGGCCUCGUCUGCCUCCAAGGAAGUCGGGGCCGGUGAUUGAUAUGACUGCGUUCAAGGAGCCGGUCUAUCUUUCCUUUGUUGGCGGUUUGUUUUUCGUCAUGUGGGCGAAUUAUUACACUUUUUAUUAUAUCGCAUCAUUUGGCAGAGAGAUACUGGGUUUCUCGUACUCAUCUGCUUCCAUCCUGAUCAUUCUCAUCAACGGGGCCGGUCUCCCGUUCCGGGUGAUACCGCCUCUCAUCUCAGAUAAGGUUGGGCCCUUGAACGUAAUGGUGCCUGUGACCAUCACGUGGAGCAUUGUGGUGUUUUGCUGGUUGGCGGUUGGGGACGUCUCGGGGUUAUAUGUUUUUACAUGCUUCUAUGGCAUUCUAGCCGGAAGCUUCCAGUGCCUGCUGGCCACUGUGAUCGCGAGCAUUACGAAACGGCUGGAUAUGGUCGGCACUCGGCUCGGCAUGACCUUUAGCAUUUGUUCGUUUGCAUCCCUGACUGGACCGCCCAUUGGUGGAGCGCUACAAGGGGCAGCAGAUGGAAAAUUUACUGGGGCACAGAUUUGGGCUGCGUUUGUCACUGCUUUGGGGUGCGCGUUGAUCUGUGUUGCGAGGUUUAGCCUCGCGGGAUGGAACCCGAGAACUAAGUGUUGAGGGCCACAUGUCUGGCAUGGAAAAACAGGGCUCAGCCUGAGAGUGUGGAUAUCUCAAGCAGGUUCAUGCUGGCAGAUUAUCAUAAUUUAUAGACGCAAUAUGGGGUGAACACGAUUGUCGAACUACAUCAACAAAUUCAAUGUUAUUCUCUACGUCCUUUGCUAAGCAGUUGCAAGACAACUAGAAGGUCAAUAGGCUCGUGUAGUUAUCCAGUCCAUUACCG